AUGGCGAUGACACACGCGCUAUCGACGGGAGGAGGCUUCUCGUCCAGGACAAGAGCAAAGGCACGCACAGAUUAUCUAGGAAUUGGAAACACGGCCAGAGUUAUUGGCUGGUAUCAUUCACAUCCGCACAUCACUGUUCUUCCUUCUCAUGUUGAUCUUCGAACACAGCAGUCUUUCCAGAUGCUGGAUCCUGGCAAUGAAAUCGACCAGCGGCUUUCUCCAGGCAUCGAAGAAGCAAUGCAUCUUUCAAGUCUUGACAUGAGUUCCGGAGAUUUUUCACGAGAGGAGAUCCCGAUACAAGUAGUUCCUGUGUCCACAUUCAACCUCGCCAAUCCUCCUCCCGAUCCUCUGCUUUCUUUGCAGCAGACAGUGUUUAACGAAGAAAAGGCUGCGUUCGAAAAAGCCAUGCAUCAAAGCAAACAGGGGCAGCGGAUCCAUCCUUUGGCAGCUUCACACCACUGCGUGACACACCAGGCGUCCCUUUUGAAACUUAUGGAACUCUGGUACUCGCAGUUUUUCUGUUUCCUUUCACACUCUUCAUUCGGGUUCUUUCUCUAG